AUUCUCGGGCUGGACACGGUUCGAGCAUCAGUCGCACAGCAGCACAGCGAACGAACAGAACGCGGAAAACGUAACGAAAAGUGCCGGAAAAUCGCAGAACACGCACAGCUAUUCGCAAAGAAAACAAAACCCAACACAAUUACAAAUCGCAAUCGAUCAGAAUUGGCUAGCUGCCAAAGAUGGUGUUCAACUUGAUGAAUCAAACGUGCAAAGUGUGCGGUGAGCCCGCAGCGGGCUUUCAUUUUGGCGCCUUUACCUGCGAGGGCUGCAAGUCCUUCUUCGGCCGCUCAUACAACAACAUCAGCACCAUCAGCGAGUGCAAGAACGAUGGCAAGUGCAUCAUUGACAAGAAGAACCGCACCACAUGCAAGGCCUGCCGCUUGCGCAAGUGCUACAACGUGGGCAUGUCCAAGGGCGGCUCGCGCUACGGACGCCGCUCCAAUUGGUUCAAGAUCCAUUGCCUGCUGCAGGAGCACGAACAGGCGGCCGCCGCCGCUGCCGGCAAGGCGCCUGGCCAUGCCACUGGCUCGCCCAUGAGCUCACCCGGAUUUGGUGAUCUGGCCGCACAUCUGCAGCAGCAGCAACAGCAGCAUCAGCAGCAACAGCAACACCAGCAGCAGCAGCAUCAACAGCGUCAUCCCCACUUGCCACCGCUGCUCGGCUAUCCCGGCUACCAUUUGCCCGAGCACUUUGGAGCACGCCAUCCCGCAGAUGCUGCCGCUGCCGCCGCCGCGCUGCCCUUCUUCAGCAUGAUGGCCACGCCACAGUCAGCGUUCCAGCUGCCGCCGCAUCUGCUCUUCCCGGGCUAUCAUGCCAGCGCCGCGGCGGCCGCUGCUGCGGAUGCUGCCUACCGGCAGGAGAUGUACAAGCAUCGCCAGAGCGUCGACUCUGCCGCCUCGGCCGACUCACAGAGCCGUUAUACGCCGCCCACUGCUGUCCGCCAGCAGCAUCAGCAGCAGCAUCCACAGCCAGCGGCGUCGCCCAUUGACGUCUGCCUGGGCGCCGACGAUGACGUGCAGUCGCAGCACAGCCUCACGCUCAGCCACAGCCUCAGCCACAGCCACAGUCACAGCGCCAGCCUCAGCCACAGUCAGAGUCCACACACCAUACACACGCCAGUUGCCAUACGUGCCACGCCGCCCGAGCCAGAGGCCGAGCAGCUGCUGCCAGUCGCGGCUGCGUCCAUUUCCAUCUCCGCCUCCAACUGCAGCACCCACUCGAACAGCGCCUCGCCCACACCGACCAGCAAAUCGCAGAGCAGCAGCCCGCUGAGCUUCACAGCCAAGAUGCAAUCACUUUCACCUGUCUCGGUGUGCUCCAUUGGCGGCGAGACAGUCACAGCGGCCGCAGCCGCCGCCGCCGCCGCUGCCGCCCAAGACGGCCCCAUGGACCUGAGCAUGAAAACGUCGCGCAGCUCGGUGCACAGCUUCAAUGACAGCGACGUGUGCAGUCUGCAGGAUGAGCACGAGACGGCGCCGCGUCGCAAGUUUUGCCAGCUGGAGGCCGAGUGCAGCGCGGCGCACACCAGCAACAGUUGCAGCAGCCACAGCAGCAGUCACAGCAACAGCUCCACAUCUUCCACAGAGGCCGCGGUGGCCGUCAAGCGGCAGAAGCUCAACGCCAUUGGCGGUGACUCGCCGCCGUUUGGUGGUUUCGCUAUGACCCACAAUGCGGCCAGCGCCAUGCGCUUUGUCUGUGUCUAGUGUGGUUUGCUUGGUGGGUGGAGCCAAAGAGGCAAUCAACUCAUUUGCCUCGUCGUCGCUGCCGCUGUCGCUGCUGUUGUUGUUGUUGUUAUUUUUUUAUCUAUUUGUUUUGCUGGUGCUGUUGUUGUUGUUGUAGUUUUUUCGUGUGCGGUUUGAAUUCGAUUUGCGCUGUCGAAAUUGAACAUUUUAUGGACAGGUUUGAGAGCUGCGCCUGCGCUUAGAGUGUUAGACAGAGACAGCUAGUUGCCGCACACACGCACACGAAGACACACACACACACACACACACACACACAGAAAAUUGAGCUCGAAUCCAAAAAUUAUUUUU